AUGGAAGAAGCCUCCGAAGAGAGCUUGCAACAAUAUUCCAUUUCCAGUGAUUUCUUCCAACAGCACGUCGAUUGCACCCAGCUACGGGCAGCAUUUACACCGCUCCGUAAAAGCACCCGAUCACCCCUCUGGCCGCUGAUGGAGCGUAAAAUUAAGGAGCGCGAAAACACCGACCUUCAGGUGCACAUCGACGACACACUCAUCCACUGCCACCUGUUACCGCUGCAGUGCUUUAGCGAAUACUUCGAGCAAGAGGUACGGCCAGGUCAAGCGGUGGUAAAGCUUCCGGCACAGCAAGUACCGCUGGCCGCCUUCCAAAUCGUGUACGACUGGAUCCUUGACCCGAACCGUCAGCUCGAGUGGGAACAUUUCGUGAGCGUUCUUUCGGCUGCCGAAUUUCUACGCAUUCCGGCCCUGAUCGAACGCUGCUGGCAGCAUCUGGACAAUCCGAAGGUUGUCGAAAAUGUGGCGUUCUUUGUGUUUCUGCAGGCGCGCAAAUUUCGCAGCAUUCAUCUACAACCGAUGAUGUUGCGGCGGAUCUGUCGAUUCUUUCUGAGCCUCGUCAGUACGCCGGAGUUUUGUGAACUUUCGCUGGACGAGUUGUCCGUGCUGCUGGGAUCGAACAUUAUUGGGGUGUUUGAUGAGACGGAUGUACUGUACGCGGCGUGCCAGUGGUUGCUGUACGAUUGGGGCGGUCGGAAGGAUAAGAUCGAGUGCGUGAUGAAGUUGGUACGGUUUGAGCGUAUGCGAGCUGGCGAUCUGGCACGAUUCUGUGUGUUUCAGGAGUGUGCCGAGCUGCAGCCUAUUCUGCGACAUCCGGCAACGAAGGAGCUUGUCGAUAGGGCGCUUGCAUCCAUCUGCUCACAGCGGCAGAGUGGCGGUACAGCGAACUCUGGACCGGAUGGUAACAGCAAUUGGAACAUUGUGCCACGCUUACCUACGGAACGUGUCCGGUUGAUUCCGGAUACGGCGGAAACGCUCGCAUUUGUGGCUGGUGACACGAGCUACGAUGGGUUCAAUGAGUUCCUGUACGUACUGUGCUCCAAACCUGCGAUCUGGCAAACGUUCCGGCUGUCUGAGGAUAAUGUGGGUCUGCUAGAAGAUAUGUUUGGCGAUUGUACGUUGGCUGCUAAUUGA